AAACUAAAUCUUAAAACAUGGCGACGUCCUUAGUAAAGUUCGUUUCUAGUAAGGAACAUUUUUGUUGUUGUAGAAAAACAGUGCUGCGAAAUGAUUAAGAAUACUGCCCUGAAAUAUUUACUAAGAUCACCCUUUGCCCCCGGUCAACCAUUUUAGUUCAAUUCCACUUCACGUGGUAGCCCUAAUUCCAUCAGUUAGCAGUGUCAUUCUUAUUCUUCAUUUUAGUAUUUAAAAUUAGAGUUGAGUUACAGUUACAGAGUACUUAGACAAAUUCCCAAUACUGACAAUUCAUGAUCAUGGGCGCCCGCAGGUAGUGGCAAGGUGGGGCACUUGCCCCCCCCCCUGGAUUGAUUGGAUACAAAUUUUUUAGACAAAAAUAGACAAAAAAUGUAUUAAAGUAAAGUAAGGAGUAAAUAAAGAGAAAGUAACUAAGCCGCCAAGCCGAAGCCUAAGCUGAUGUCCUGUCCGUUCGUUCACCAUACAAAUACGCUACAGUAAAUUAAAACUAUAUUAAAACAUUAAUAAAAUUUGUUUNAAAAAAUUUUUUUCCCCCCCCCCCCCCGGAAAGUUUAUCCGAUUUUUUUUCCCCCCCCCCCCCACCUAGAAAGUUUUCUGCGGGCGCCCACGCUCACGAUGAACACUGUCAAUUUCACUACAAUAAUGCAAUUCUAAUGCUCCGUGGUGUCCUGUAACUAGAUCAGAGGCUAUUUUUCGGAUCUCGCAUACCUAUACUGAUUCUCUAGUGAUCGUGUUAAAACAUAAAUUGACAUUCAUAAAAUUUAAAUAAUUAUUUUAAAUUAUUAUUGUAUUGUAUAGUAAAAUAGUAUAAAAAAUAAAGUUAAAAAAGUCUGUAAUUUAAUGUUAUUAAACAUAUUAAGUGCAAUUUUUUCAAUAGUUAAUUAAAUGUUCUGACAACUUGUAAUGUGACUUCAGGACAUCACAUUGCGAUUGUCACAAAAAAUGUGACCCCCCUGGGCAAAAAAAAAAAUUCACUUUCGGUCGGUCUCUGCUGUGAAGUCCCAAUUUAAAUAUUUUUUUUAUUUACUAAUUUUAAUGACACACAAUUUGUGUAAAUAAAAAAAUGUAGGUUACAGUAAAGCUUUAAUAAUGAGAAAACAGAAUACAAAUGCAAACAUUUUAUCAUAAUAAGCCAUUUUUAAGCUAUAUUGGUUAGUAUCCGUGCCUUAGUUUCAUACAUCAAAACAUCACUUCUGAUCUUAUAGUUAGUGAUAUGGUUUUCUUUGUUUUCAUUGAGAGAUUUCUUGUAACUUUUGUACCUGAAAUAUCAGCAAGUGUCUGCUAUAAUCAUUUACUUCACAUCCUUUUUCAUUAAGCUCAUUUAUGGUGGCUUCUAGUUAUUUGAAUUUAUCCAAUCUCUCAAAAGUUUUGUUUUUUAUUUUAAUAUUAUCAUUUGUAUUUUUGUUACUUGGUCUUUGCUUUAUUCACCUUUAAUCAGCCUUAACAGAGUACUCUUCAAGUUCAUUAAACAUUUUUACAAUGUCGUCAGGGCUAGCUCAAGACGGGUACAAUGCGUGAUCAUCACACAAUAAACCACAGAAAGUGGCAAAAUUUGUUAAAAUCAUAAUUUUCCAGAGGGCGACAAUGGCCAAUUUUCACCCAACCUAAAAAUGUCUAGUGCCUGCCCUGAAUGUUGUUCCUACUUCUUCCAAGUAGAAUUAUUUGGUCUUCAUAUGCCAGGCACAACAAUGUUUGGCUGUAUAAUGCUCUUAAUACAGGUUGUGGUUAUGUAACUGGAAAAGUUUUUUCUGGAAAAUGUGUUAUUCUUCCAUUGGUGUUCACAUGUAUGUUUGGCAUAACUAUUCUAAUAGAGGCCGACCGAAUUUCGGCUUCGGUUUCGGCGCCGAAAGUGGCCAUUUUAUCACUUUCGGCCAAUUUUCGGUUUCGGCCGAAACUGGAAAGUUAACUUUCGGCUUAAUUUCGGUUUCGGCCGAAAGAGAAAAGUUAACUUUCGGUUUUUCUUCGGUUUCGGACGAAAUUGACUUAGACUUUCGGCCAUCCGGCCGAAAGUGACUCAGAUUUUCGGUCAUUUAAUACUAAGCAAAAGCGAUAUUUAACAACAAACUAAGCUACAUUUAAGAACAAAUUAAGCAAUCUUUGAGAACAAACUAAAUGAUAUUUAACAACAAACUAAGCCACAUUUAAAAACAAACCAAACGAUCUUUAAAACAAACUAAGCGAUCUUUAAGAUCAAUCUAAGCGAUCUUUAAUAACAAACUAAACGGUCUUUAACAACAAACUAAACGGUCUUUAACAACAAACUAAACGGUCUUUAACAACAAACUAAACGGUCUUUAACAACAAACUAAGUGAUCUUUAAGAACAAAUUAAGCGAUCUUUAAGAUGAAACUAAGCGAUAUUUUAGAACAAUCUAAGCGAUAUUUUAGAACAAUCUAAGCGAUCUUUAUGAACAAACUCACCGAUCUUUAAGAACAAACUAACCGAUCAAUAACAACCAACUAAACGAUCUUUAAAAACAAAUUAAGUGAUCUUUUAGAACCAUAUUUUUUAGAGACCCGGUUUAAAAAAAUAAUAUUUUGCAUUAAUUUCCCCUCCUCCCCCCCCCCCCCAAUUUUUGCCAAAUUUUCUCCUACCAUACAAAUUUGAAAAAAUUGUAAAGCAAUUUAAAUUACUUUUAUAUUAAAAUGGUAAAAUCCAAAGUAUUCAUUAGAUCAAGGGUAUCAAACUCAAAUUAUGGGGGAGGGGGGGUGGUUGGGGGCGCAGGAGGUAGUGUCUGAAUAAGAGUGGGCCGCAUCAAAUAAUCCACAAAAAAGCGAUUACAACUGUUACAAUCUGGUCAACCUUUAUAAAUAACAAUGAAAUAAUUAAGGGAUCUCAAGAACUACUCACUGUUGCCAGAGACCUGGCAUACAAAAAUAUAUAGAGUCAUUAAAAAAAAAAAUCAGAAUUAGAUUAGUCGGUGAGAUCGACUGAAACCGUCGUGGAGAGUCACGUUAUAUAUAUGAGAAUGGGGGAAACGGGCCGGCGCAUUUACACUAAACUUUUCUGUCAUGUAGUGGGCCGCAAAAUAUCGUCUUGCGGGUCAAAAUGGCUCGCUGGUCGCGCGUUUGAGACCCCUAAAUUAGAUGUUUAUUUAUUAAUAUUUACGAUUAUCUCAUUUUUAUAAAAAGAAUGUAAAUAUUUAUACUUUCCCACAUCAUUUUUGAUGUAAGCAGAAUGUAUGCGGGAACGAAUUUCAAAAUAUCUUAAUAUUUCAUUUUGGGUUUCUGCUUCGGUUUCGGCCAAAAUUCAUUUUUAACUUUCGGAUUUUUUUCGGUUUCGGCCGAAAUACAUUUUAAACUUUCGGCCUAUUUUCGGCUUCGGCCGAAAUCAGAAAAUCACUUUCGGUCGGCCUCUAUAUUCUAAUGUGUUUAUUUGUAUUUGUCAAAGAGAAAUCUAUUAUUACAGAUAUGAUCUGUAGUCAUUUCUCAAGGAGACAUCUAAUACUACAGAAAUUAUCUGUAGUCAUAUCCCAGGGAGACAUCUAGUACUAACAUUUAAUCAGUGAUAUCAAUAUCAAUACAAAAGGGGAAGAUAAGUGGUGGACGCUACAGCUCUAGUUGAAGCAAAAUUAGGUCAGAACACAGGCUAUAAAAAUGUCGUUGGCGGUUUUUAUUUUGUCUAGAUCUAUUUGGAUUGUAAUUUUUUUUCAUAUGCCUCAAAUAUUUUUAGGUCUUUGGUUAACUUGUGGGUACCAUACUGUUUUAGUUUUUAUAUUGUUUAUUGUGCAUGGUACAUAUUUUUUCUCAAAAAGGGAGAAAACAAGCUUAUAAAACGCUCACAAGUUAUCACUGGUUUAUAAUUUAACAGGCUUACAUUAAUAAUUAAUUGUGAGAAUAAACUACAUUAUUACAAAGAAAAAUCAUAGUUUUAAAUCUAGAAUUCUUGGAACUCUCUGGUAAGCUAUUAAACUACACUUUUGCCCAUUUAUCUUGAUCUGGGACGUAGCUAUCUGUCCUUUAUAUGAAGUUCCUAUUUAAUGUAUUUGAAUUUUUAUUUAUUUGUGUUUUGAAGACCUGUUGUGCUUUCCAUUUGGGCCGUUGUCAGUCAUAAAGCCUAGUCUUGAGUUCUGUUUGUUCAUUAAACAUGAUUUUGGUGCUUUGACCAAGGAUGUCAUGCCUCAUUCUAUUGCAGGUAUCACCCUUCCUGUAUAGCUUCUUUUUUUAAAAGUAUGCCCCCCCCACCCCUUGAACCUGCUACCUUAUUUCUUUGCUGUGGGGUAUGACUAUUUGUAUUCUCCCAUUAACUGACAUUUAAGCUUAUUUGUAAAUAAUUUGGUACUAAGUCUUCUAUGUUGUUGUUUGAGAGUGUGAAAUCUGAUUGUUUUGAGCAUUUUCUUUUGGGACCAAUCUUCCACCAUAUGCAGGGCUUCUUGUUUGCACUUUACUACUAUUUUUAUAUAUUCUUUCAGCAUCACAGGGAUUCAUGUCAGUGCUUGCCAGUAAGGCAUCAACAUUUGAAUUCUUUUUCUUAUUUUUACUAUGAAAAACUUAAUGAAUCUAUUACUACAAUUUUUUUUAUUUACAGGCUUCUGUAUUCAAGUUCAGAAAGUAUUUCAACCACUUUCCCUUUUGCCUGCAAACUCUGCCAAACUGACAACUCAAACGAACACCAAAUGUCUACAUUCUUUAACUUUUUCUUCCCCAAAGAAUGAAUUAAUAAGGUAAUUGUUCUAUUAUUUUCCAUACAAUUGUGUUUCAUUUAGAAUGUUUAGGUUUUCAUAAUUCAUUCUACAACAUAACAUUAACGGUAAUUACUUAUGUUAAAACUUUGCACUCUGAUUAAAAGUGUGAUCUUUAUACAGGAUGUAUGAUACACAUACACCAGGCCACUACUUUUUUUGAACUACAGUGGAACCUCUCAUAACGAGCACCUCUCAUAACGAGUAAUUCGCAUAACGAGCAAAAAAAAUGUGAAGAAGUUGCUCCCUUAACAAGCGACAUUUCGCAUGAGUUACACAGAAAGGUGAAGUCCCUUUUUCCCGACAUUCAUUUGUGUGCCGGGACUUGGGAAGGAGUUACCAAGAGGACCCUCACUUCUACUUGGAAAAAACUUUGGCCAGAGAGUGAUGUUGAAUGUGAUUUUGAAACAGUACUUUUGGAGUCUACAGUUAACGAGAUUGUGGCAUUGGCCAAUAUCAUGGGACUCGAGGUGGACAACAAAGAUAUUGAAGAGCUUGUGAAAGAGCACAGUCAAGAGUCGACCACGGAAGAGCUUAUGGAGUUGCAUCGUGUUUCACAGCAAGAAAUUAUGGAGGAGAUUUCAUUAAUGGAGGAGGAAGUAGCAGAGCAACAAUCUUCUAGCGCAAUAAGAGAAAUGCUGAAAGCAUGGGAAACUGUUACAUCGUACAUUGAGAAGUAUCACCCUAAUAAGGAGGUGGCUAUUCAUGCUACAAAUUUAUUCAAUGAUAAUGCUGUGACACAUUUUUGUCAAAUUUUGAAGCGUCGGCAAAAACAAAUGUCUUUAGACAGUUUUCUAGUUAAAAAGGAUUAAUUAUUUGUCAUAAAUUCAUACUUUUAUUUACGUUUUUUGUUUCAAAUCUAAGUUGUAUUCCAAGUUGUUACAUUCCUUAACAAUUCAUAAGUAAUUUUAUUUGAAUAAAUGUUAAUACAAAUUUUUGAAAAAUGAGUAUUUUUUCAGCAUGGAAUGCAUUAUCGUAUUUCACAUUGAUUUGUAUGGGAAAAAUUGUUUCGUUUAACUAGUGUUCGCUUAACGAGUAAGAUUCUGGAACGAAUUAUGCUCGUUAUGAGAAGUUCCACUGUAUUUUAAGUUAUAUGUGUUUUUUUCAAUCCUUUCAGUAAUGUGCCUAGCGGAACAUUUGUCCACUUGUAAUGCAUGCAUUUUUGUUAACCUACCAAUUCAUAUGUCUUUCAAAAAAUAUAAAUUAUAUAUUUAUUCUGAUGCAGCACCAGAAAUUACUUAAAUAAUACCUCAGCAAAACAAAUGUUUGAAUCCAUAACAAAGAGAAAAUUAAAGAAUUUGUUUGGAAAUUGAUGCAACUAAACAUUGUUUAAAUUAAUUUUUUUAAAAUCGAAAUCAAAUCUAACAACUAGUUUAACUAAAUUUCCCCAGUCAGAGCAUAGUACACUAAUAAUACAGUAAUAUUUAUAUUAGUAAAUAAAAUUUUGUGACAAAUCUUUCAGGCUGAUAAUAUGAAAUCCAUGUACCUCAAAUUACACAUUUACUUCUUUUACUUUAUUUUAGCCCAAGUUAUAUUAGCAAGAGAGCUUUUCAUACAACACCAGUUUGUCCCACUACUUAUGAGCUCAAGCUGUGGAGAGAACAUAGAAUCAUCAAUCGCUUCUAUCGUCUUCACUGGGGUGCAUGGAUUCGGUGCUUUGGAGGAAGACACAAAAGACUUUAUCUAAAAUCUCCAGCGCUACAAUGGAAACUUAAGCAGCAUGUUUUUGUCAAUGCAAAACAAUGCAAAUUAUUAGACAUUUUGGUCACACCAAAGUGGAGGGAACCAAAAUAUUUUGCUGAUUCUCCGUAUGAACCAUAUCAUACUAGAACUAACUGUAAAGCUUUCCCCAAUCAUAGGAAGUUUUAUCCAUGAUUGAUUGUUACUUUGACAUAUAUAAUUCCAUCUCUUAUCGUUAUCUUUUUUUUUUCAAUUGCGUUGUCUCUUUAAGAAUAUUCAACAUUGUUUAAAUUUAAAGCAAUCUGUUUUGAUGAUCAUAUGCCUUAUCUGCACCUUGUACACCCCCACCCCAAAUUUACAUAUUGGGAUUUAGAAUAAAGUUUUUGUUUGUGCACACCAUUAAAUGUAGGUUGAAUUUUAAAAAAAAUAAAAAAAAUUAAACCAGAUAAGGCAACAAGGUUUUAAGAUGUGUUCAUGUAUUCUGAUAACAUGUGCGAUGGGAUGCAACGAUAAUUUAAUGCAAUCAUUUUUAUAUGGCAGUGUGUACUGUAAGUUCAUUUGGCAUUCUUUUCUUUUGUAAUUCUUUUCAUAGUAAAAGUCAAAUAUCUCCCAGUUAAUUUGGUAGGAAAGCUAUAGUAUUAGUAUCAUAUCAAAUCAUAGUAUUGGAAAAAUGAAUACCAUACGUUUGAAUUACUGUAAUGAGAUUCUAGUUAUUGGUGACUUAAAAAACAGAUCCUGUUCACACAAAAAUCAGUCAGAGAAGUUUAAUCCAAAAUUACAUUUUUUACCAAAAUUUUGAAAAAAUUGUCUUUUUCUUCUUUUGUUUCUGGACUAUUUAUUUGUUUAAAAGCCAAAAUUAAUGAAGUAAUUAAAUGCACCUUAAGAAUU